UUUCACUCUACAGUGAGCGCGAUCAGUUGUGCAUAAAAGGAGGAGAGUUGCAACGUUUCCCUGCAAAGCAGUGGUCAAGAUGGCUUGUGGGAACAGAACGUUGAAUAUGACAACCAGCGACUUGGCGUUAUUACAUAUACCCACAGUGGUGUACCUUCUCCUCAUCCUGGUGCUUGGACUGUUUGGAAACCUAUUUAUUCUGUACAUAUACACUCGGAAAUUAAGAAUGAACAUUUUUGGAUAUUUCGUAAAGCUUAUAGCUGUAUUUGAUUUGGCUGGAACGGCCGUUGCUGUGCCGACAACCCUGGUGUUUCUGCUUACCACUUCCCCCGGGUACCUAGAUGUCGGAGACAUGUGUCAGGUGAUGACGUUCACGAAGCACUUUAAUGCUGCAAAUUCGGGAUUGAUAUUCAUCAUCAUCGCAUCUCAAAGAUACAGAAAAAUAUGUAAACCUCACCAACGUCAGAUGUCAGAUAGCCUUGUGAAAAAACUUUGCAUAUCUUCAAUUUGUGUUUCUACACUGAUGGGCAUACCAAUUGUGUUCUUUCAGGGACACACACCUAUAUGUAUUGAAUGGGGAGCCCAAGUCGUCCAGAUUCCCAUAUGUGAUUUCGUCUCCAAUGAGAAAGGAAGGGUUCCAUCGAUCCUGUAUGCAAUCUGGGUUGGUGUUGAACUGAUAGGAAUCACGACAACCCUUACCGUCCUGUACACAUUUAUAGCCAAAGCAUUGUGGAUGCACAACAGGAACAGGGCAUCAAGUUUUGAGCCUAAUAGCAAUGGACCCUCAACGAGGGACAAGACAAGGACGGCAACUGUCACCUUCUUUGUUCUGACAGUCGUUUAUCUUGUGUCAGGAGCACCUAUGAUUGCCUUGACCGUGUAUUUCUGUUUCGUCCGCGUGGAUAUGCAUUCGUUUUGGUCCUAUUCAAAGUUAAUUGCUCUGGAUCUUGGUGGCAACUUGUUGUAUCUGAACUAUGCAAUUAAUCCGUUUGUGUACAGUCUCACGUCCUCGUUGUUCAGAAGAGAAUGCAGACGUGUGUUUGGAAGCUCAGCGCCUAAAAGGAGCACUGUCUUAUGACCAUCUUACAGCAAUUUAACGACCCGUCGUAGAUGGUUUUCAGUUUGUUUUAAGUAGAUAUCUCCUCGAACUGGUGUCGCUGAUAUGUGUAGCAACGUUGCUGUUUCUCUCUUUUCAGAACUGUUAUCACAGGGCGAAGCGUUAUCAAUCAAACAUGUGUACAGUUAAUUUUCAUAGCCUUAUUUCGAAGAAAGUAAAAUGUAGUGUUUCAGUGUUU